AGGACGAGAAAUUGAAAUUCCGUGAAAAGAAAAGCAGAGGAGGAGAGAGACCCUCUGAUCGUUGUAUUAUCUGAUCUUGGUGUUUGGCGGAAUCCCCAAUCCAUUAACUCAAUGGAAACAACAAGAGUGAGUAUCCAAAGAUACCCACUUGGGGUUUUUGGCUCAUUUUAGCUGUUGCCCCUGAGCUUUCAGUGAUCCAAAAACAGAGUAGGAUUUAGGAACAGUGGUAGGUAGCUGAAAGCAGAGCAAUGGGCAUUUUGCAUGAGGAUGUUGUGGUAAUUAACCAGGCAAAGAAGGCUGGGGAACCCACUGUAAUCACUGUCAAUUGCCCUGACAAAACUGGAUUGGGCUGUGAUUUGUGCAGGGUUAUAUUGCUCUUUGGGCUAAGCAUUUGCAGAGGAGAUGUUUCAACAGAUGGGAAAUGGUGCUACCUAGUGUUUUGGGUGGUGGAAAAACCAAAUACAAGGUGGAAUUUGUUGACAAAGAGAUUGUUGGAAGUGUGUCCAUCGUAUUUGUCGACUUCUGGAAUAUUCUAUUAUCACCCUGAAAACCAGCAGCCUAAGCCACCAGAUGUUUUCCUUCUUGAAUUCUGGUGCUCUUAUGAACGGGAAGGCCUAUUGCAUGAUGUCACUGAGGUUCUCUGUGAGCUGGAGCUCACAAUACAUAGAGUGAAGGUAUCUACUACCCCAGAUGGGAGAGUGAUGGACCUUUUUUUUGUUACAGAUACCAGAGAACUUCUUCAUGCAAAAAGAAGACAAGACGAAACAAUUCUUUGUCUGAAAGCUGUUUUAGGGGAUGCCUUUUUGAGUUGCAAAAUUGAAUUGGCUGGAUCAGAGGUUACCGCUUGUUCACAGGGUUCUCCAUGUCUUCCUUCUGCCAUCACUGAAGAAAUAUUCAGUUUAGAGCUGCCCAAUGGAUGCCUAAGCAGAUCUGUUGCCUCCAACCCCAUUUCAGUAACAGUGGACAACAACCUUAGCCCAUCUCACACACUCGUUCAAAUCUUCUGUCAGGAUCAUAAAGGCCUUGUAUAUGAUAUCAUGAGAACCCUAAAGGAUUACAACAUUCAGGUUUCUUAUGGACGAUUCUAUGCAAGCCCAAAAGGAAAUUGUGAGGUGGACUUGUUCAUAAUGCAAGCAGAUGGCAAGAAGAUUGUUGACCCCAACAAGCAAAAUGCGUUAUGUUCUCGUUUGAGAAUGGAGCUUUUGCGUCCUCUUAGAGUGGCGGUGGUGAGCCGUGGCCCUGAUACUGAGCUGGUGGUAGCUAACCCUGUUGAGUUGUCUGGCAGGGGUCGUCCUCUAGUCUUUUAUGAUAUUACUCAUGCCCUCAAAGUUCUGAAGACACACAUCUUUUCGGUUAAGAUAGGGAAACACAUGAUCCGAGAUCGGGAGUGGGAGGUCUACAGAAUCCUGCUAGAUGAAGGAGUUGGUUAUUCAGUGCCAAGGAACAAAAUUGAGGAAGGUGUAAGAAAUAAAUUGAUGGGUUGGGAAUAGAUUGGCGCCAAAUUUAGUAAAUGGCUUCCAUCACUGUACAGUGCACAGUAUAUUUUUCUUAGCAUUGAGUUUCUACUACAUCAAGAGCUAGUAGUAUUUCAUCA